GGCGCUCUUCGAUGUUCAUGUUUUCGCCAUCCCACACCGUCUUUAUUCUAGGCUUAUUACCCCUUUUCAUGCAUGUCUUCGUCUAUGCAGAGACACAUAUCGUCAGGUUUGAUAACAGGUGCGGGCGCGGGUCUCCACGGUUGAUCCAGACAGGAAACGUGCUCUCUUCAGGAGAAGACUUCAUUAGCGCUGGCCCGCUUUCGUCUGCUAUUGCGUAUCUUCAAACAGGAGAUUGUAACCUUAACGGAGAAGGCUGUACCCUCGUGGAAACGACAUUGAACAACCCCACCUGCCCUGGCUGUGGUUCGAGCACAGACAUUUCAUUGAUCCCUCCCUAUUUUGGAGGCUGUGACGGGCAGGGAGCAACAUGUUCAUCAGCUACAUGCAACACCGCUUUUUUCGUACCGGAUGACAAUCAGGUCCAAGUGGCCUGUCAGGAAAACAACGUCAACCUCUUGAUCACAUUUUGCGGCGGUUCUGGAAACACGACCGUACCAAGUAGUACGGCCAUAGCUGCGCCAUCCACCACUGCUAGCAGCGCAAAUGAGAAAGUUCUCCAAUACCUGGAGGGCAUGUCCAGAGAGGGCGACGAACCAGAUACCACAGCUCCGCGCUCAAUAGCAGAUACCGACGAUUAUCAGCGCAUGCUCGAGAACCAGAAUAGUCCCCACUCACCACAGCGAAUAUAUUCCCCAGCGCCCAGAAGCCAAGCUAACCAUACUCUUCCCGAACUUCCCAGUUCACCCACUCGUCACACGAACGGAAAUAAUGCCCAUCAUGAUGAUAUUAAUGGAGACGAUGCGGACUCUAAUGUUCAGGAGGGCCUGAGAUCCGAAGGUGGAGAUACAGCUCUUCCCCUUCGCGAACCCGGCCCUCAUGACCCACCUGGUCCCAAAUAUGAAUCUUACGACUCUGGACCGUCCUUUGGAAACUUUGGACCGUUGCCAGUGGACGAUGGAGUUCCUGCUGCACAUCUGUCCUGGAAUCAAACCUGGAUGCACAACAUGGGGAAGCCAAAUCCUGCGGUUCCCUGGUUGGAUAUGAGGAUGACAUCAGGUCAGCCUGCCAAAGCUCCCGUAUCAGACGUUGCGAAAAGCCCUGCUUCAAACUUUCGUCCUCUCCAAUCUAAAGCCUCAAACAAAGCUCAGUCGACUUUCUCUGGCCAAGGAGCGCCCACUCCUCCCAAAGAAGGUUCCCGAUCACAGAGUCGGGCAGGCACCAACCGAGAGCAGGGACCUAUGUCACCCGUCUCGGCCAGAUCAAACUUGAUGCGCGGAACUGAGAAAGGAUCUGUUUACCCACCCCUGCCUGAGAGUAGAAUGGGUGAUGGCGAUACCCAUUUCGAUAGACCCACCUCACCCGUGUCUAUAGCACGUGCACGGUCCAAAGCAGCUUCGAUCUCUCCCUCUGAUUCCCCUUCUCAGAUGAAGCUGACACUGAAUGGUCAGAGUCGCUCCCCCCAUCACGGAUCGGUCUUGUCUGGAGGUGGUGGUCAUCAAAGCCGACCUUUCUCCCCAUAUCGUCACGCUCCGACAACAGAGGACCUGUUACACGCUGCGGUGAGGGGUCGUGCACUCGUCAUCCCCGAAGAAGAAGAAAAGGAGUCGACUAAACCUCCCUCAAAUAUGCCGUCCAGACCGCCAUCUAAUUUGAAUGGCGGAAAGGCACCAUCACAACUUUCAAUCGCCAAGCAGCCCUCAGUUGCCAACUCUAAAUCAGCUUCCUCUAUUAGUUCCCCGUCCCGCGUGAGCAAGGAUCGCGCUAAGACACCAACACCAGGACGCCCCCAUUCACCAGAAGGGCUGGACCCUGAGGAAGCUCAAAUCGUUCAUGACGCACUGAUGGGCACUCGCACUCCUCGUACUUCGUACUAUGCUGCCUCCUUGGAGCCAGAGUUCACAAGCCACUAUCAUGAUCCAGAUCUUUGUGCCUUGCUUCACAAAGAGGGCGAUGACUCUCUCCAUGAGGUUGUGCGGAGGGCACUGAGGAAAGCUGUGAGGCAACGGGUGAAAAAGCUGGGGAUGAAGUACGAUACCGAGUCAAUUAAGCAGUACAAGAAGUCGUACUAUGAUCAUGACCCUAGCGUUCACCAUCGGUCAGAUCAGCCGUCAGAUGAACCACCUACAUGGGCAACGGAUAUCAAGCGCGAACUUGUGCUGAUGCAGCAACGGAUUGAGAGCCUGGGACCAAAAAUCGAGAACCUAAAAACCAACCAAGAUCGUUCGUUCGGUGGUGGAGGUUCUAGAUUUGCUUAUGAAGGGGAUGAAUACACCACCACCCCGAGGACACAAACCGUCAACAUUCAAACACAGCCUACUGGGACUUUGGCUGACUCGAUGUACCACUCGCCUGAUACAGAGGUCGUGUUGGACGAGAAUGGAAAUGAGCGCGAGUUUGAUGAUAUGACGGAAACGCAGACUCAACGGCCACCACGUACUGACGGGGAAACUCGGUCACAGAAGAGCUUUGUGUAUGGCAUGUCGGACGAUCGAGAUGAUUCCCCCGGUCAACAAUUCCUCGAGGAAGAGUUAUAUAAACUCCGACAAAAGAAGCCUCAGGAAAGUCAGCUUUCUCAUCACACAUGGGAAAUUGCUCGGGACGACGACCAGGAUGAUUUUGAGGAAGACAAUGGACACCCAGUUGCUCCCUCUGGCAUACCUACAAUCCCAGAUGCUAAUGCUGAAAGCCUGGACCGCGAUGGUUCUUCUUCGCCACCCCUUCCCGCACUCCCUGGAGAGAACGAUGACAAGCAAAUGGCUGUUCAUCCACAAGGACCGUGGAAUUUGCUCGACUAUGGUGCUGAAUCACAGCAGCUCCCACCUUGGCAACGCAUUCAUGCACGACUUCUUAGCUGGGCUAUCAUUUGGUCAUCAAACGAGUUAGAGCACGCUUUGAAUAGUACUACACGUGGACAACAGGUCGACGAGGCGGCGCUGAGCAUUUGGUCGACCCAGACUUACAAGCGUUAUGUUCGCGCAAGGCUGACUGACAGUCCGCAAGGUAUUGUUGAUCGACUGUUUGUACCACCCAACAUGGCCGAUGCUAUUAGCAAUGCCGUUUUUAAUGGCAGGCAUGGCGAUGCGUGUGGAAUGUUGAGGGAUUUAUGGAGUCCGUUUGGUCUGGAAGGCAUGCCUCGCCUCAUCGUCGUUCUGGCGAAGCACCGUUCGGAUCCAAGUCAUUGGGUGGUACACAGGUUCUCCCUUCCUGAUGGUGCUUUGACGACGUACGACUCGUACCCUGAGCGGACCCUCCCUGACGGUCGACCUCUUGGAUGGUGGUUUGCGAUCCGUGUUGCUUGGCCGAACGCAAUGUACCCAAGCCCAGACCACCUCAUGCAGAAAAUGCUCCCCAUUGACAACUCGGUUGCGGCUGCUGGUAUCUGGCGCAACAUUCUGAUGGGCUCUCGCGCCGAGAGAAGUUUGGACCUUGAACGUCUUCGCGAUCUCAUCAAUACUGAAGUCAAGAAUCUCAAGCAGAGGAAGUUGAUGGGCAAGCUUUCUAUUGGUGGGCCUCGCCAGCCACCUUGGGAGGAUAUCAAUUAG